AGACUUCUCCUGAGGCCCGCGGAGCCGGGCGAGGGCUCGGGCCGUGGUAAUUAACCAGAUCAGGAUCGACACCCGUGUACUCCAGCCUUUCAAUGGAUCCUGUCCGACCACCCUUCAGGGGCCCUUCUGGGCACCCAUCUCAGUGUGUACAGAUGCCAGGCUCUUGGCCACAAGCUCCUAAAUCUUUGGACUCGACUCUGGGCAGGGCAAGACCUCUAGGCAGAGGCCAUGUAUUUGGAAAGCCAGAGAAACCAAGCCCACAGAGUGGGCCAGCACAAAGGGAAUCUUUUGGUUUGGUCUCCAUGUUCCAAGGACUGGGCCUUGAAACAAUGUCCCAGACUCCUCCAAAACGGGAAAUGCCCUCUUUAGGUAGAGGCAUUUUAGGUCGAGGCUUGUCUAUCAGUAUGGUACACAAGGGAAAAGAAGAAUCCCAUCCCACUUUUCUGGAUCCGUCAGUGUUGGCAGCUGGUGAUAGCAAGAUGGCAGAGGCUUCAGUUGGUUGGAAUAGAAUGCUUGGAAGAGGGAAUUUGGAUGUACCUAUAUUACCAUUAGGAAGAGCAACUGGUGGUGUAGGCAGAGGUAUAUACAAGGCUCCCGGUGCUAUCAGCAUGCCUUCUCGGGGUCCUGCCCAGCAGCCAUCACCGCCACCUCUUCCCCCAUCCUCACUACACUCUCUGGAUCGCCUUUCACUGGGGACUGCAGAACACAAGGAAAAAGAGUUUUUUGUGAAGCAAGGAUCAAAAGGAAUACCUCAACCUUUGGGACUGAACCUUAUCAAAAUACAGUGUCAUAAUGAAGCAGUUUAUCAAUAUCAUGUGACUUUCAGCCCCAAUGUGGAAUGCAAAAGCAUGAAGUUUGGUAUGUUGAAGGACCAUCAAGCUGUCACCGGAAAUGUCACUGCUUUUGAUGGAUCUAUUCUCUAUCUGCCUGUUAAGCUUCAACAAGUUCUUGAGUUAAAAAGUCAAAGGAAGACUGAUGGUGCCGAGAUCAGCAUUAAGAUUCAGUUGACCAAGACCCUGGAGCCCUGUUCUGACUUGUGCAUCCCCUUCUACAAUGUUGUUUUCCGUCGGGUAAUGAAACUUUUAGAUAUGAAGCUUGUGGGGAGAAACUUCUAUGACCCGACGAGUGCUAUGGUACUGCAGCAACACAGAUUGCAGAUCUGGCCAGGCUAUGCAGCUAGCAUCCGGAGGACAGAUGGUGGUCUCUUCCUGCUAGCUGAUGUCUCCCAUAAGGUCAUUCGCAAUGAUUCUGUGCUGGAUGUCAUGCAUGCCAUGUAUCAGCAGAACAAAGAAAACUUCCAGGAUGAGUGUACUAAGCUUCUGGUUGGCAAUAUUGUCAUAACCCGAUACAACAACCGUACCUAUCGUAUUGAUGAUGUAGAUUGGAAUAAGACUCCAAAAGAUAGCUUCACGAUGUCUGAUGGGAAGGAGAUCACGUUCUUGGAAUACUACAGCAAAAACUAUGGGAUCACAAUUAAGGAAGAGGACCAGCCACUGCUGAUCCACAGGCCCAGUGAGAGACAGAAUAACCAAGGGAUGCUUCUAAAAGGUGAAAUCCUGCUGCUGCCUGAGCUUUCCUUCAUGACUGGGAUCCCUGAGAAGAUGAAGAAGGACUUCAGGGCCAUGAAGGAUUUGACCCAGCAGAUCAACCUGAGCCCUAAACAGCACCAUAAUGCUUUGGAAUGUUUGAUACAGAGAAUUUCAAAGAAUGAGACAGCCAGCAAUGAACUAACACGUUGGGGACUCUGUCUGCAGAAGGAUGUACAUAAGAUUGAAGGACGUGUUCUGCCAAUGGAAAGAAUUAACUUAAGAAAUACUUCAUUUAUCACAUCUCAGGAAGUAAACUGGAUUAAGGAAAUAACCAGAGACCUUUCCAUCUUGACUGUCCCCAUGCAUUUCUGGGCACUCUUUUACCCAAAGAGAGCAAUGGACCAGGCCCAAGAACUGGUUAACAUGUUAGAGAAGGUGGCUGGUCCUAUUGGCAUGCGCAUGAGCCCUCCGGCCUGGGUUGAACUAAAGGAUGAUCGAAUAGAAACCUAUGUCAGAACCAUUCAGUCCAUGCUGAGAGCUGAGGGGAAGAUACAGAUGGUUGUGUGCAUCAUCAUGGGCACACGUGACGAUCUCUAUGGUGCCAUUAAAAAGCUGUGUUGUGUGCAGGCUCCAGUGCCUUCGCAGGUCAUCAAUGUCCGAACCAUUGGUCAACCCACCAAGCUUCGGAGUGUGGCCCAGAAAAUUUUACUUCAAAUUAACUGUAAAUUGGGUGGUGAGCUCUGGGGAGUGGAUAUUCCUCUGAAACAGUUAAUGGUAAUUGGGAUGGAUGUUUACCAUGACCCCGGUAAAGGCAUGCGCUCCGUGGUUGGCUUCGUGGCAAGCAUCAACCUCACCCUCACAAAAUGGUAUUCUCGAGUAGUAUUCCAGAUGCCUCAUCAAGAGAUUGUGGAUAGCCUGAAGCUGUGCCUCGUGGGCUCCUUAAAAAAGUUUUAUGAGGUGAACCACUGUCUCCCAGAGAAGAUUGUGGUGUACCGUGAUGGAGUGUCUGACGGCCAGCUAAAGACAGUUGCCAACUAUGAGAUUCCUCAGCUGCAGAAGUGUUUUGAAGCUUUUGAGAAUUAUCAGCCCAAGAUGGUGGUAUUUGUAGUUCAGAAGAAAAUAAGCACCAAUCUGUACCUGGCUGCUACUGAACACUUCUCAACUCCUUCCCCUGGGACUGUGGUAGAUCAUACAAUUACAAGCUGUGAGUGGGUGGACUUCUACCUCCUGGCCCAUCAUGUACGGCAGGGCUGUGGCAUUCCUACCCAUUACGUGUGUGUCCUCAACACUGCAAACCUGAGCCCUGAUCAUAUGCAGAGGUUGACUUUCAAACUGUGCCACAUGUACUGGAAUUGGCCUGGUACCAUCAGAGUUCCAGCUCCUUGCAAGUAUGCCCACAAGCUAGCUUUCCUAUCAGGACAAAUCUUGCAUCAUGAACCAGCCAUCCAGCUGUGUGAGAACCUAUUCUUCCUGUGACUGGACAACCAGGAUAUGGGCUGAUUAGAGGAAUUAGAUUCUGCACGUGACUCAUGCAGGAUCAAGAGACUGAAGGGAUUUUUGUGUAGAUGUUUUCCCUUUUGUCAACCCAGUAGAAUAAGAUACUUUCUUUCCCGUUUUUUCUAUUUUAAACCUGGUAUCACCAAGAAGCAAGUUCCAUUCUAAGUAUCAGCUGGAAAUUGUCACGUUGCCUUUGUAGAGAAAAUGGGUGUGAUACUGCUACUGCAUGGAUGGAGUGGGUGAAUAUGGGGGAACCUUUAAGAGCCUGCAAAAGCCAACAGAAGCUAUAGAAACACACAGAAGCAGCAAUUACACCUAGAAGCUCUGCUUACUAAGCAUUUCCCAUUUCUGACACCAGAAGUGAUAAUGAAUGAUGUCACCACAAGUUUUUUAAAGUGAAGAGUUACUUUAUUUCGGUGACUGGGAAAGGUAAUAAAAAGGCCUGUGAGGCAGAGUUUUUCAAGAUAUUACUAUUGCUGGCAAGUGUGGAAAACGUAGUAAGAGCAGCUGGUGGUAUAUAGUCAGGCCCUUGCUGACCGAAUCUUCUCUGGGGACUGAGUUUAUGACACCUAUAACUUAAGCUGGCUUUGAAAGGGGUGUUUUGCUCUCCUGUGGCCUCCUGAGAGAGGCCAGAUCAUUUUUUUCUAUAUAUUUUAGUUACUUUACAGUAGACUAUGUUGAUUUCUUCCUACUUCCCUCACCCCCACCCCCUUGCUCUUUGUUACUGAUUUUUAGUAAGUUUCAUUUUUUGAAUUAAGAAUCAGAACAGGUAAAAUUCGAUAGCAAGGAGGAUUUAUGAUGGGGUGAGAGUUUUUCUUGAACCUUGCUCAGUAACCUUUUCCUGGCUGUUGACUCAUUUUGUUAGGAAUUUUUCUGAAUCCAGGUUAAGGUUUCCAGAAGUUGGCUUUGGAAAACAUGACACUUCUGCCAAAGCCCACACAUUUCAGUUUAGAAAGUUGUCACCGUGCCUGUGGGUUUCAGUGUUUUUUUGUAUUUAUUUUCCCAGUUUUAAAAUCAUCUUCCAGUCCCUUCAGGGUUACUUCAGUAUUGUCUUGCUUUAACUGGGUUUUAAAAGCCAGUUUUAUUUAACCUUUUCAAACUUGUAUUUAUUUUUUGGUGUGAUGACAGGAGGGGAUUAAGCAGAAAUUCCUAUUUUAUAUGACAGUGUGUAAGAAGAGAAACAUUAGCUUGAAACUCCUCCUCAGAAGAAAGUCAAGCAAAGUAUCAGUUUGUGGCAGAGCCCAGCAGGGGUUGAGGAGCUCUGGUGUUGAUGGGCCCAAGUGCACUCCAGUUUCAUUUGGAGUGAGGCUCUUAAGGUCAGGUGAAAACCUGGAAUUCUGAAACCUCUGAAUCAGACACAUUGGAGCACUGGUGUCUGUCAGGUUUCUGAUUCUCUCUUUAAAAGCAUUUUGAGUUUUUCUCUGGAAGUUGGAUUCUUAAUACUCAUUUUCUCUUAUAUAAUAAUAAAAAAACCCCACAAAUACUUGAAUAUAAUACAAAAUUUCUUCACUUUC